AUAUCUUCAAUGUGAGAUCACUUUAAAAUGGUUAAUUUAAAAAAAGGAGUCUUGGUGGAAUGUGAUCAGGCUAUGAAACAAUUCCUCCUCCAUCUAGACGAAACCCAAGCCCUAGGAUCAAGAUUCAUAAUUGAAGACUUAGACGAAACCCACGUUUUCAUCUCCGCUGAUAUUCUAGAAACCCUACAAUCCAAAAUUGAUGAUUUGAUGGACCAAAUCAGCUUCCCGUUGCACGAAAAAGGAUUGUAAAUACUAAAAAACUUUGUAGUUU